GUUGCCUUCUCAUUUCCGCAUAAAAGCAGGCAUCCUUCCUUGACCGUUACUUCAAACGAACUGCAGCGACGGGUCUGUUCUCCCUAAGCAACCCAAGCUGCCAUAUACUUCACUCUCGUUUCGCACAUCCGCUCCUUCUGCUUAUUCAUCUUCUCGACCGUCACCGUCACCGUCACCGUCACCGUCACCGUCACCGUCACCGUCAUCGUCAUUGUCGUCAUGAAGUUUUCAAGCUAAGUUCUCUUCUAGGCUUGGCAUGUGUAAAGAAGACAAUGAAUUGUGUUAACACACUUCCCUUUUCUUCUUCUUCUCCAUACUUCACCAUGAAAACUUCUCCCCGGAAUAUUCCCUCACUCUAUUUUUCCACUCCUAAACGCCGUCGUUCUCGCGCUUCACGAAGAAUCUCCACCACCAAACCAGUUGACAACAGUAACUGCAACAACAAGACUAUCCUCGUCAUUCCUUCCUCCGAUGCUCAAAAUCUCAGCUUAGUCCUUGACUUGAACCAAGUAACGGCUGUUGCCUCUUCUAGAUUUCACCAAUUUCUCGAUCUGGGCAGAGAGGCUUAUCUGGACUUGCAAAGUCUUAUCACCAUUGAUGAUAAUAGAAGAAUCGUGGUCUCAUGUCGCCGGAAAACAAUGCAAUUUGUUGGAAGUUUGGUUGUUUUGGGAUUUCUUUUUGUUUUUGCUAUUAGGAUUUUGGUUAAAAUUUGUUCGGCCUUCAGGCGUGGAUUUGAGUCAAAACCGAAUGUGGUGGUCAGAAGAGAUCGGAGCCUCGGAGGAAGAGAAGUAAUCGUGGGGAUAAAAAAGAACGAUCAAGAGUUUCGGUCUUCGAGAAAUCCCGUGUCUCUGGGUCAGGUUUUCGAGAGAAGACCAACUAGUUAUCGAGUUCGGGUCAAAGAGAAGCUGCCAAAAUGGUGGCCUGAGUCUGUGGCAACUUGGACUUCUGUGGUGAACAAGGAGGAUUAUCAGAAAGAGGCCAACAGAUUAAUUCGAGUGAUCAUGGACAAUAGAACGGGCGGAAAGGAUAUUAUGGAGGAUGAUAUAAUUCAAGAACUAGAAACCGGGAAAAUGGUUGGCUAUGCUACAUUGCAAGAUGGCUCUAUGUGUCAGCGGAGGCUACGUAGAGUCUGCAGGAUAGCUGGAGUAGGAGUCACUAUUGACCCAAUAAACACCAGAGAUUCAUUCUAUCGCACGUCGGUUGAGUUUGUUUUAAAUGUUUGCAGCAGGAACUCAGCAGGGCACCUUUCCAGUCAACCUCUGUUGAGAUUGACUAUGAAGAUGCUCGAGAGUUUAUUGCUGGGCUUGCCGAGAACAUUGGGCUUGAAAAAAUUCGUGCUGCAAGAAUGGUAUCUGCGGCUGUUGCUGCACGCACGCGUUCGUGUUUUCUGCAAGCUUGGGCUUUGGAAAUGCAAUGUAAACAUGAUGAAGCAGUAUUGGAGCUGUCAAAAAUAUGCCUUGUCCAUCGCAUAUUUCCUCCUGAUGAGUUCUCUCCGGAGAUGGAGAUGGUAGCACGAGGUUUAGAGAAACUCAUGAAAGCAGAAGAGAGGAAGUUUCUAAUGGACCUAUUUGUAAGGGUUUGUGGUGAAGAGGCUCGUAGAAGUGCGGCAGAAGCUUUAGGUUUGGUGGAAAUAGAGGGACGAAAACUAGAUUCGAACUAAUCUAUAUUUUUCCAUGGACCAUUUUUAUGAUGAGUUCAUCGAAUUUAGGAGGGAAAUUUGUGGCUGAAAUGAAAAAAAGCAGCGAGAAUACGAAAACUGGGAUUCAGUUUUCCAAACAAUUGAAACCCAAGAAGCUUGAGAUCUGGGAGAAAACAAGGAUACUUCCAAAAUUCUGAUUUCCAGAGGAGCAACGAAUCAAUUAUGCAAAAAACAAAAUCAACAAGUGGAAGAACGACCAAAUUAUGGUUAUCGAUAUUGGUUCCUAAAUUUUUUUUUUUUAUUUUUUUUGUAAGCUAUAUAUUUAGAAUAAAUUUAAAAUUUAUGUGAAAUUUAUUUGUAGAUCUACAACUUUUCACUUUGCAAAUGAUAAAAGUCCUACGUC